AGCAAGAGGCCGGCUUGUGUGAGAUCAUCUCAUAAAUGAUACUAAAAUGAAUCAAAUGUGCAGAGUACACCAACCUGGCUUUUUGUAAUAAUAAAACGUAUUGUCACUUUUUAUAUAAUUUAAUUUAGCAACAAACCCCAUUGUAUAAGUAUAUUAUAGCCAUUGGCAGAUUCCUGUCCUCUAAUUAUGGUAAUCCGCACUGGCAUCGUAUCUUUGCACUUGACCGCCUGGCUCCUGAUGCUGCUCUGCUCACAUCCAGCUACAGCCAUUAAAGACUCCUGCCAGACCUGUAAAAAGUUGGUGGACAGGUUCAACAAGGGAUUAGAAGAUACAGCAAAUAAAAAUUUUGGAGGUGGGAAUACUGCUUGGGAAGAAAAAACAUUAUCAAAAUAUGAAUCCAGUGAAAUACGUCUGGUAGAAAUUAUCGAAAACCUUUGUGACAGCAGUGAUUUUGAAUGCAACCACAUGGUGGAAGAGCAUGAAGAACAAAUUGAAAAAUGGUGGUUCAAAAUGAAGAAGAAGUAUCCAGAAUUACUGAAGUGGUUUUGUAUAGAAACUAUUAAAGUGUGUUGUCCUCCUGGAACAUAUGGACCAGACUGUUUAGCCUGUUUGGGUGGAUCAGAAAGGCCUUGUCACGGGAACGGUUUUUGCAGUGGAGAUGGUACAAGAGAAGGAGAUGGAUCGUGUCGAUGUAAUGCUGAAUAUACUGGGACCUUUUGCUUAGAAUGCGCAGAUGGAUACUACAGUUCAGAGAGAAAUGAUACACAUUCUGUAUGUACAGAGUGCCAUGCAGCGUGUAAGACAUGUGAAGGACCAUCUAAUGAAGACUGCAAGGACUGCAAGGAUGGAUGGGUAAAGGAAGAAGAUACCUGUGUAGACAUCAACGAAUGUGCUGCAGAAGAAUCUCCUUGUAAAGAGAACAAGUAUUGUUUAAAUACUGAAGGAUCUUACUCGUGCAAAGCAUGUGAUCAUAGUUGCUCAGGCUGUAAUGGGGAAGGUCCUGAGAACUGUAAAACUUGUUCUUCAGGAUAUGUAUUAGAAGAUGGAAAAUGUACAGAUAUAAAUGAGUGCAGUAACGCUGAAAAAGUAUGUUUGCAAGAUAAUGAAGAGUGUACUAACACCCCAGGCAGCUACAGAUGUACUUGUGUAGAAGGUUUUGAAGAGAAGGAUGGUCAAUGUGUAGAGAUUUUAAAGACAGCCAACGAAGAUGAUGAAGAAACCGAAACAUCAUCAAGCCCCGAUAAUGAUUCAGUAAAUAUCCAUGAGGAUCUCUGAUACAACCCAAUUUAUUAAUUAAAUACCUUAAGUUAUUUCACACGUAAAACAAGAUACUGUGGUCCUGUAUGUUUUUUUUUUAUAAUUAAUCAAAUUUGCCAACAUGUGAGACAUUCAUCUGGUAUUAGGAAUCAGAGGUUGAAUUUGCCCUGAAAGCUGCAUUAUUUCUUAAAAAUAAUAAUAAAAAAAAAGUUGUAUAUUUU